CGAGUGGUGAUCAUUUUUAUGUACUUUGAACCGGUGGAAUUUCGUAUUUUUGAAAGCCAUUCCAUCCCUUCUAUUUUUCUUCUCUUCGCUCCCGCAACGUCCGAUGUAGCUUUCAGGCAGCGAGAGAGAAAGGCCAGCUCAUGACUCUUGAGUGUAUCCUGUUGUUGUUUGUGCCACCGAGACGACAGCCAGCGCAUAGUGAACAACAAAAGGAUAUCUAGCGCGCAAGGAGACAGACAGCACGUGGCACAUUAUCUUCGUUGAUUAGCUGCAUGCACCGCGCGACCUGUAAAAAUGAAUUCAAUGUGGAGUUGGUCUUCAUAAUUAUAAUUAUUAUUAGCUACUUGACGGGAGUGAGGCAGAAUGUCGCUGCCGACCGAUGGAUCAUCAUCGACUCGCGCCCGCGACGAUCUCACUCGUCGUGUUCACAACGCGGCUUCCAGCCGACUGGGAACGGGCGACCUGAAGCGCCUGCUGUCGGAGCGUCCGGAAUGUGUGCACUUCAACGAUGCGACCAAGCACAAUCGUGCCCCGAUCCACUCGGCCAUUGCGCACAACCAGGACGAAUGCCUGGAGAUUCUUCUCCAACACGGUGCCAACCCCAAUCAUGUCAUGUCAAGAUUUGAUCAUCUUUGGCAACCGCUUCACUUGGCGGCCAGCUUGGGUAACAUUCGCUGCAUUGUGGUGUUGCUGCGCUAUGGUGCGGACAUAUUCGGCAAGGAUGAGUCAGGAUACACGCCUCUUGAGAAGGCCAGUCGCAAUCGACACCGAGCAUGCGCUCAGCUUCUCAGGGAGGAAGAAAUUGCUCACAAGAGUCGCCAUCAGACCAACCAGAAAAGGAUCGCCACCGCAAUGCAAGACGCGGCGUCUGAAGGAGACCUGGAGAGGCUACGCCUGCUGAUCACCCAGUACGAGGGCAAGUGGAAGGAGAGAUUCCCCGAUGGUAAAACCUUACUACACAGAGCUUCUGAAGCUGGUCAUGUUCGCACGGUGGUUAUGUUACUGGACGAGCACAAAACACCCGGCUUCCCGUGCGAGCGACCACCAAACAAGACGCCACUUCACGCAGCCUGCGAGAAUGGCCAUGCGGGCGUUGUGUUGUGGCUGAUGCGUGCUUUCACUGAGAUGCUGCUGAAGCCAACGACGGAUACGAACAGUACGCCUCUGCAGCUAGCCUUGGUGCACAGUCACUCGUCCGCGGCCAUCACGGUUCUGAAGGAGUCCGUACGCGGCAAAGAGGCCACGAUAAGAAACCUGCUGUUGUUCGCUGACUUCGAAGGACGAAUCCCGUUUCACAUUGCGGUGCAGACACGCAAUCUACGCCUCGCCAUCAUCAUCUACGGGCACAAGAAGCAUGAGGAUGAUGAUGAUGAUGCGGUCGCGGACAUUAUCAGUAACGCGUGUGGCUCCGAGGUUCUGCAGCAGCAGUUGCACACGCGACGUCAGGGUGGCUUCCAGCCGAUACACGAUGCCUGUGCCAGCGGUUGUCAGCACCUGGUCCAGUGGCUGUGUGACCAGGGAGCGAAGGUGAAUGCAGCUGUUGGUAGCGAUGCCAAUGCAGUGACGCCACUUCAGAUCGCUACCCGGAAUGGUGAUGCGGCAAUGGUCAACCUGUUGCUGAGCUGCAAGGCGGUCGAUGAUGGUGGGAGAGCUCUGGCUGACGCUAUCAGAAGCAAUCGGGCAGACUUGGUUGAUGUUUUGCUAGGGCAACGUCUUGAGGAGGAUACGUCUGAAGUGCAUCGACUCAGCGACCUGAACAACAAAGCCGGUGGCUCGAAGCUGUCGCACCAGCAGCUGACCGGCUUGCCACUGGCGCUGUGUUGGGCAGAGCAGAACGUAGAGGACCUGCAUGUUGACUGGCUGCAACGGGUCGCCGAUGGUUUCGCCAAGCCCCUAUCCGACUAUGCCAAGCAGCUGUUUACACGGCCAGCAUUCCACUACGUUUCUACGCUUGAACUAUCGGGAAACAAACUGGCGUCGAUUCCCAGCCAGUUGUUUGAAAUGCCACUGCUGCGCACCCUGGACUGCUCCAACAACAAGCUGUCGUCGCUGCCGCGGGAGUCGCCGACGGUGGACGCGUCCAAGCUCUUCAAGGUGAGCCUGAAAGGCAAUCAACUGGCGGAGGUGCCGGCCUACCUGUUUGCGCUCCGCUCGCUUGAGAUCCUGGACGUCAGCCACAACCUGCUGGUCAGUCUGCCGCCGGAGAUGUGGUAUGCACCGUCGCUACGGCAACUCUACGCCGGGACCAAUCAGCUCGUGGCGUUGCCGGUGGAGUCGCGCUCCAAGUGCCGUCGCCUGUUCGGCCGCUCGCACGCCAGCGACAGCGACAGCGGUGGUUACACGGGCACCACAUCCGGGCAGUCCCUCAACCGCAGCAUGUCACCGGUGGCGGAGAGUGGAGAUGGCGAUGAUGCUCAGGCGCCGAAAGCUCCCGUGAUCAACGUGUACAGCUCGGUGCAGAAGCCGCUCACGAAUCACUUCUCGGCGUCCAGCAGCGGCUUUGGCAGCAUGGAUCAGCAGCAGCGCGGCUCCGACAACCCAUCCUCUGCCAGCGGCCAGAGUAGCUCCUCGGAGCCGGAGCAGCCACCGACACAACAGCGCUUCUCUCUGUCGGCCGAUCACCGCAUGCGUCGGACAAUCGGCUCCUUCACUGCCAAGCUGCUGGAGAGUAGCGACGAAGAUGGAGACGAUGAGGACAACGAUCAUGGUGUAGCAGGCAGCGUAUCGCGCAUGCAAUCCAUACGACUGCUCGAAGUGCAGCACAACCAGCUGAUGGCCUUACCGUCGGAGCUGCCGUGCCUGGCGCCGGAGCUUACCAAGCUGAACGCCUCGCACAAUCAGAUCAAGGACGUCGGCUUUCCCCGCGCCUUUCCCCCCAGCCUGAAGGGCCUGGACCUGUCGCACAAUCACCUCCGAUGUGUCGUGGCAACACACGACGUUUCGCCACACCAGUGCUGCCGGCUAAGUCGCAGUCGCAGUGCCGGGCCCAAGACGUCCAUGGGCAUCAAGACGAGCGAGGCGGCUUCGUCCCCAACGCACUCGCAGUGCUCGCACCGCAAGCACAACUCCUUGCAAAAGCUGAGCUCCAUCGUGCUUCACCAUAAUUUGCUCACCAAUUUCAAUAUCCUGUUCCCGGAGGCCGAGGAGAGAUCAUUCCUGAUGGUGGACAGCACGACACGACAGACCCCAGUUCAUUCAGGAUCGGGAGGGGGAGGCGCAUCGUCAGGUGAGGCGGCCGUUGUCCGCGGUAAAUUGACGCAGGAAGAAGCAGAAGAAGUCUCGUCGCCAGCCCUCAGUCACCUGGACCUUAGCCACAACAUGCUGCGUGACGUUCCGGUUUGCUUGUCCAAGCUGGCGUCAACACUCUCCAUGCUCAACUUCUCUCACAACACCGAGAUCAUCCGUCUGCCAGACCGGCUGGGUUUGCUGACGGAGCUCUACACGCUGGGUAUGGACGGGCUCAACAUUGUCGACCCGGCACCGGAUUUCCUGGCUGGCAAGAAGGUGUCCGAGAUCAUCACCUUUCUCAAGGGAAGACUUCGAAACGCUGCUCCGUACCGCCGUCUCAAGCUGAUGAUGGUGGGUCUGGAGGAACGCGGCAAGACGACGUUGCUGCGCACGCUCAAAGGCAACAGGCCGCUCAAUGCAGAGAUGCAGGAGGAGAUUUCACGCAGCGUCUGGGUGCGAGACACAGAAGGCGCAGCGGCCAAGCCAACGGGUAAAACACCAAGCAAUAUAUCUACGGUCGGCGUGUCACUGGGAGCAUGGCAGUACGCGCCACCAACCGGUUUAUUCAGCUCCAAGGUAGCGGAGGAGAUCACGUUUAUGACCUGGGACUUUGGCGGACAGAAAGAGUACUAUGCCACGCAUCAGUAUUUCCUGUCCAAACGCGCCGUCUAUCUGCUGCUCUGGCGCAGUACGGAGCUCAGCGACGGCAUCAAGCAACUGCACAGCUGGCUGGUCAAUAUCCAGGCACGGGCCCCGGAUGCAGCUGUCAUCAUAGUCGGCACACACUACGACCGCCUGCAGGGCAGCCAGCGCAAGUGGCGCUACCUGGACGAGCUGCGCAAGGAGAUCACGGAGCGCUACGGACUGUACGACGGCACGCCGAGGAGUACGCGAGUAGGGUACCCGCGUAUCUACUCCAUUCACUUUGUCAACGCGCUGGCGGACGACGACAGCAUGAAGCAGCUCAGAAAGAACAUCUACGGUGUGGCAUCGAAACUGGAGGUCGGCGGAGACCCGAAGUUGCGUGGCGUGCAUCGCGGCCACCGUGCAUCCGUUCUCGACGACAAAGUACCCAGCAGCUACUUGAACCUCGGCAAGGGCAUCCGCGAGACUGCCCUGCGUCUCAAGCACUGCGGCAAGAUGCCCUGGAUGUCUGGCAAGGAGUUCAGGGAGAUGUUUCUCGAUGUUGACCAGGGAGAUUUCGACGAUAAAGAGGAGUUAGCUGCCGCGGUCAACUUUCUCCAUGACAACGGUGUGAUGUUGCACUAUGACGACCCGUCCCUGAACGACUUCUACUUCCUGGACCCGCAGUGGCUGUGCGACAUGCUGGCUCAUGUUGUGACCGUGGAUGCCGUUCACACCUUUGUCAAGAACGGCAUUUUGCAAGUCAAGAACUACGGGCAGAUCUUCAAGUCGAACAGCUUUCCCAACGACCACAUCGGUCAGUAUGAGAAGCUGCUUGCCAAGUUUGAGGUGGCACUGCGCAUCAACGAUGACGAGCUUCUUGUUCCUUCACUACUGCCCAAGAAGAAGUCUGACAGCUGUCUUGAUGUGGACAUGAAUAAGGCUGCUCUCUAUCAUCGCUACGUCACGAUGCCGUAUGUGCCGAGCGGCUUCUGGGCGCGCCUCAUCUCGCGAAUUCUAUCAGACAAGGACAUCGCCGACAUCAAAGACCGGAUUUGUCGCCUGAGAUUCACAUCCGACAGCCCGCUACCUGCCGAGCUGGAGUGGAGCUAUUGGUCAUCGGGAGUCCAGCUACAGUGCGCUGGCAGCCUGCUGCUGCUGCACAUAUCCGAAUGCGGCAACGUACAGGUACUGCCGGAGCUGUCCGAUCCCCGGACGACGGGCAACUCCUGUUUCUACGUCGACGGCCGUGCAGCCGUAGUCGAUGACAAGAAUAGGAAGCUUCAGUACUUCUGGAGGGACAGCCAGUGGGUCCUUCUAGACUGUGAUCACUCAGUGCAGGUAGCAGUGCUAAGAGCACAGCAUGAAGAUGCGGGUACACUGUGCAAGGAGACUGGCCAUAGCCUGGCUUCACUGUGCGCACUGCUCAUGUCCAAGACCAUCAGUCACAUCGAUACGCUGGUGGAGGAUUGGUUCUCCGGCGUCAUUAGCCAGUCCAUGAAGCUGGUUCCGUGUCACCAGUGCGUCUGCGAAGCUCCGGACAGCGAUGAGCCUGAGGUACUCCAGCUUCGCCGACUCAGGACCAAUAACGGCCAGGUUGGCAUUGCCAGCUGUCUGUUCCACUGGGACGAGCUGGUAUUUGCAACGCGUAACAAUGAUGGUGGUGCUGGUGCUGGUGCUGCUGCUGGUGCUGCUACUGGUGGCGAUGUACACUCACAAGACAAAGCACUGCAUGUCAUGUGUCUGCGUCACGGACCACAGCUCCUGGAGGUGAUGUCGCCGGACGUGGUGUUUGGAGAUCUGCCGCCGUGCAAGAUCAUAGCACCGAAGAACCUGCGCAAGAGAGACCGGCUUGGCGCUGGCGCGUUUGGUGCCGUGUAUCGCGGUACACUACGAACGGACGAGACUCCAGAUAGUCCAGCGGUGGAUGUUGCCAUCAAGUCACUCAUGUCGGAUACUAGCGAUGAUGAGCUGCUGAAGUCUAAAGCCGGGGAUCUCCGGCAAACAGACGGGGAGCAGCAGGCGGCGGCGGCCAAGAAGAACGCCAAGAUGCUGGACCCGUCGCAGAUCGCGCAGGCCUACACGAACACGCGCAAGGAGCUGGCCAUCAUGUGUUCGCUGCUGCAUCCGCACGUGGUGCCCUUCUACGGCGUGUGCCUGCGACCGCUCUGCUUCGUGCUGCAGCUGGCCAGGGGAGAGCUGAGCGGCGUGCUCAAGAACUACCGCGAGGCCAGCCGUAUGCUGAGCUUCUCCAGCGCCUGGGCAUCUGCACUGCAGAUUGCGUCUGGCCUGGAGUAUCUGCACAGCAUUGAUAUCGUGUACUGUGAUUUGAAAGCAGAGAAUGUGCUGGUGUUCGAGCACCCUACACCUCUGAACGAUGAACAGGGCACGUUUAGACCCGUACUCCGUGCUCUUCAGCCGGGCAAGAGUGCCGACUGGUAUAGGAACGACGUUGCCAAGCAACAGCUGAGCGCCGAAAGCGUGGCUGUGUGUGGUGUUCGAGUCAAGAUUGCCGAUUUCGGAAUCAGUCGUUCUACGACGUACGACGGUGCCCGUGGCUUUUGCGGCACGUUUGGUUACAUGGCUCCGGAGAUACUGCAGUAUCGCGGUAGAGAGACGUACACAGACAAGGUUGAUAUCUUCAGCUAUGCCAUGGUCUUGUACGAGCUCAUCACAUUGCAUGGACCGAUGAUAAACGCAAGUGAAGCGGAGAUCAAACGGAGCUAUCAUUAUGGGAUCCGUCCCAAGCUGAACCGAAAGCACCUGCAGUCUUCCAUCAUGCUGCGUGAACUCAUGCACUGGAGCUGGCAACAGCUACCGGAGAACCGUCCCAGCGCAAGCCAGGUCAUCACAGCACUGACCGACCCCCCGCACGCCCGUCUUCUGCACGGGUUCGUGCUGACCGAUGCGUUGCCGUUCACGGCAUGCACGUCUCGCCAAGCCACCGCCGGACCAGCUCUCCUUCGUUCUCCACCACCGGAAUUGGCGACUUCACACUUGUCAACCUUGCUGGAAGACGACUCCAAAGCGGACAGUCAGCCAGCGAGGAACAGCACUGGGACUGGUGAUCAAGCCGAUGUGCACCACCGCUCCACCUGUAAGACUUCUGUAGGCUUGUGUGCCGACAGCAACGGGACUGCUGCGUCCAAGUCUGCCAUGGGACCUGCUGCAGCGGCGGCGGAGGCAGCGGCAGCAAUGCGCUCGUCUGCCGAUCGCUUCCACCGCCAGCAGCAGCAGCAGCAGGGGAGGUGGCAGAACGGCGAGGCCACCGUGCCAGCGGCAGGAAUGGACACGUCUGAUUCCGAACUCUGGCUUUGUAGUGGUGACAAUCACACUGCCAAUGUCACCGUGCUCACCUACACAGGACACGGCUCCAAGUGGGAGGAUAUCCUUACCAUGAGCUGUUGUGUCUAUGCCAUCAUCUCCGUACGCGACAUAAUGUGGCUGGGCAUGCUGGACGGUAGCAUCAUGUUUGUGGACGCGGCCACACGCCAGCCGCUGGCUCGCGAGUGGCUGUGCCGCGAUCGCCCCGUGCUCAGCAUGCUACACGUGCCCGAGUACCAGAGAGUCUACGUAGCCUUGGGCAAUGGCAUUGUGAUUGCGUACCACGACCAGCCUCUGUUCCUGGCCAGUCUGCCCGCAUCGCCGGACGUUGGCAGUGCAGGAAGCACAGCUACUCUGCUAUCCAGACAUGGAAUGCAGAGAUCCUCGACUAAAUCAGCUGUCGGCAGCGUCUACUCGAUGCAAGAAAGGCUGAAGGACAUGAAGAUUGGCCGCGGUCAAGACUCCUCAACGGUAGACCGCAGCCUCGCCGGAACGUUCACCGACAGUGGCCAGGAUCACCAACCAACGGCAACGGACGCUGCUGCUGCUGCGCGUACGUCGUCAGCGUCGGUAAUGCUGUCGGACCCGCCAUCGUCGCCGCCAGCUCAGUCUGCGGUGGGAACAUCGGCGACAUCAUCGGGGGGAGGUGAGAGCACCACUACUACCGCCGGCUCUGCCGAUCGCUACUCCGUGUUCUCCACGGCAACGCAGGCGACUCUGACCGGUGACGUCAUGGCAAUCACCGCCACCACUGCUCCACAGCAGGUGCCUAGCCACAGGGUGGAACUGCAGGAAAUGGCCAGGUACACGUCCCGCAAGGACACCAUAGCCUGCAUGAUCGCGGUGCCGGCACUGCACGAGGACGAGGAUGACCCACUGCUCACCCAGCGCAGCAGCACAAUGCCCUCGUUCAGCCGCACGGUUCGCAACCGCACACCGACCCGAGUGCGCUCGCCCAUUGCCAAGUCAGGCGCGUCCGCGACAACGACAUCGCACGCCGAGGCCACCGGGCAGGAGCUAGCAGCCAGCACAACGUCGUCGUCACGAGCGUCCGCAUCUCUCCCGGCCGGACUGCCUUGCACGGCGGCUCUGCAAGGCUUCGGCACCGGUGGCCUGGAGUCGUCCACGGACAGCACUGGAAGCAGCAGUCUGGACGUGACUGGCAUAACAACCACUCUUCAGGAUGACAUCGGCGCCAGCACUGCCCAGCGUGGCGGGGGCCCUGCGACGGCGGGCUACGCCAACACUCCUGAGCUACUGCUGCCGGCGGCAAGCCCCGACGAUGAUCGCGAUGGCGGAGCGGAUGAUAUGCAAGGGAACGGUCACCAGUAUAGCACUGAGCAGCAGCAGCAGCCUCGACGGCGGCCCGGCGGACGCAGCAUUGAGAUCUGGUGCGGGCACGAUCACGGCCGCAUCGCUGUCCUCGACGGCCUGACGCUGCGCCAGCGCACCGAGGUCGGCAUCCCGCUGGCCGAGAAGAGGAACAGGGGUCACAUGGCGCACCUGGUCGUCUCCAACCUGUCCUGCAGCACGGUCGCGCGGGUCUCGCGCCUGCAGCACUCGCGUCGCGUCGACGUUAGGUGCUCCUCUUCGGCGGAGAGCUCGCCGGACGUUCAGAAGCGCUUCUCCUGUUCGCUGGGCGACAGUCCGCUGCUGCUGCAGCCACCGUUGUCGGGUGUGUCCCGUCUGAGGGCUUCCUCGGUAGAGAACUCCGAACAACUGCGCAGAGCAGCGACUGUAGCCCGUCGCAGGUGUACGGUCGUUGAUGAUAGUAUGGUGGCCAAGCGUCCCAAGAGCCGCACGCCUGAUUCGGGUGCGCGUGAAUCUUCAACCGGCUCUGAGCAACGAACUCAAGAUGAUGUCACGGCUGCCCGUCCUGAUUCUGCUGCCUCUCAAGCAAGCAGCCAAGAUGAUCGUUGCGAUGGCGAUGUGCCAUCGGCAAGUGGUCGGAACUCUUCCACGAGUUCUGCUACUCACAGUACAGAUGGAGGCGGCGGUGGCGUUGGCGAUGAUGAAACCCACAUACAACUGGUUCAGACAGUUUGGGGAAGUGUCCGCCAUAGUCCUGUUGUGUUUUGCUGGGAUGUGAGAACAUUGUCGGUGGUGACCAAACUCGACUGCUCGGCUAUUAUGAAGCUGCCACCGCGACAAGCAAACCAAGCCUACGUCUCGUCACUGCUCUGUCACGGGCAAGAGCUGUACAUCGGAACACGUGGUGGCCACAUACUCAUCAUGGAUCUGUCCAAGGAGGUCUCUCAGCCGCCGUUCCACGCCUACUAUCGACACCACCAAGAGCGGGUGAACAUGUUUCUACCCAUUCUGCAGCCAUGCGACGGUGCAGUGAAGAAACAGGCUCUAGGGGCAGCAAGUCGCCAAGCUAGUAGCUCAAGUGCUGCUGCUGCUCCUCCCGCGGAGAGAGCGAAAUCCAGUGAUUCGGCAGCAGCUGUGGACGAAGCAGCACCCGCUCAACGGCAGAAGUUGGUGGCCAGUUGCGGAGGUGGCUUUCGCGGCUAUGUGGAUGAUGAGUCGUUGCAACACGUGGCUGUGGAUCACGACGGCCAUGUUUUGAUGUGGGAGACCGAAUGGUCGCGCUCUGCUGCGACUGCGGGCGAUACUGUUCCACAGAGAGCCCCGUCGGUCUCGAGUUUAGAGACAGCUUGCUAGCCGAGAUGCAUGGCACGUUGCAUGGAUUGCGCACGCACCUGCGCCAUUCCUGCAUGCCUUGAGCUCAUCAUUGUGAGGUGGUUGAAUGGUCACGCCCUGCAGCGACUGCUAAUAAAGCGUGAUAGUGUUCCACAGAAAGCGCCGUCGGUCCUGAGCUCAGAGACAGCUUGCUAGCAGAUGCAUGGCAUGUUGCAUGGAUUGCGCAUGCACCUGUGCCGUUCCUGUGGGCCUCUCGAGGUGGGUGAUUGGUUGCGAAGCACCAACACUGCUGUUUUCGCCGCUCACGCUUAUGCGCCACGACCAUGUUGGAUGCAGCACAACACAGCUCUGGUAACAGGAGCCUGUGUGAGUACACCACCACUGUACAGGAGCAAGUCAAAGUGAAGCGGCUUGGCGAUGCGUGCUGCUCUCAUACUCGCCCGAAAUUUCGCAACACCAUAAUCAUGCAAGUGUGUGGACAAAAUCUGCUGCAUCAUGAAAACACUGUACAACAUUUACUCUGAAAACACUGCUGCCAUGCAGUGCGACUAGACUUAUAAUUCUCGCUCCAAUGCGCAUGAAACUAACACUUGAGCUCUUUACGUACUGUGGCAUUUCCUGCUCACCUCAUCCAUGCAAAUGGUGGGAGCGCUCUCCCAUACUGCAUGCCAUGCAGACAUAUUUUACUUUGGAGUAGUUGAGAAGGCAACUUUCGGCAACACAUGAUCACAUUCGUGACAUACAUACAUGUACAUUGUAGUUAGCAGCACGCAUGUGCAAAAUCAUACAUUCCAUAUUCUUCACAGCAUAAUUCUUUCUUCAGUUGCUAUCAUAUCCCAUUGGAAAAGCAAGAUACUGGAAAUCACAGGUCGCGUAAUUCACACUGA